AGAUUUCGGUUCCGUUUCUUAUUUUAAAUUUCCACUGUUGCUCUGCCGUUUGGCUGCUGUAUUGCUGAUCAGUGUGUCUCGCAACUCGUUCUAUCUUUUCUUUUUAUUUCGUAGCUGCACGACGUACCCCUUCGAGCAGAUGAGCGCUUCGCGGACGCCGGUGCACGCCGGCUCGGGCCACAGCAACAGCAGCAGCGCUGCUACUCCCGCCCCACCGAAGAUGAAAGCCACGGUCCCGCUGACCUCCGUCGACCACGGGCACGUCGCCACUCGCUCCUCCAGCGAUAACCGCCACGCGCCGCAUGCCGCCAGUAGCCGCGGCAACCAGCUGAACUCGCCUUCCAGCCGCAGUAAGCGCGACAGCCCUGCCGGCACGCCGACGCACCACACCAAGAAAACCAACUCCGCGGGUGAACUUGACGAAAACGGCGCCCCUCCGGCUAUGCGACGCAGUGGAGGGGCCGCCGCGGCCGCCGCGGCAGAGAAUAGUAGUGCGGGAGUGAAGGCAUCGGACGCCGCCACCGAGAAGAAAGGGCGACGAGGGAGUUUCAAAGGUACCGCGAAGUGGUUCGAGGGCGACAAGACCAACCGACCCGCCGACAAGGAGCUGAAUAAAGAUGUAGGAACGGUGAGCGACGGGGUGGCCGAUCAGGAGCUCGCGCGGGGGGAGCAGGCGGAGCGGGCGCAGCGGCAGGCGGAACAACUCGCCCAGCGCAUCGCCAACCCGCCGACGGGAUUUCAGGCGGCGCUGCCGCGACUGAACGAGCUGGACGUCACGAACAGCUGGGACAAGCUGCUGCGCAUGAUCCGCAACGAGUACGACAUGUCCUGCCUCACCAACUGUCUUGCACGGGAGCUGGACGAGGACGUCGCGUGGAAUCCAGAGCUGCUGCUCGUGCAGCUCACCUCCGACAUGAUGGAUGCGGCAGACCUGCAGAAGGACAGUGAGGUGUACGUGCCGGUCGACGCCAGCGAUAUCGGUCAAAUGAGGGGUGGCGAGGUGGUGCGGAAGAGGGGGGAGAAGGUGGUGCCUGCGCAGAGUGCUGGCGGUCCGGCACCGGAGGGGGCUGCCGCUGCCGCUGGCACUGCAGGUACGGCGAGCCCCAAGCCGAAACUAGGGUUUACCGCACCCGAUCCUCAAGCGAAGCCCUCUCCGUCGAAGCAGCAGACCCCUGCGGGGCCGAGGGCGGCAGCAGGGACAACCAGCCCACCCCCAAAGAAAGAAGAAAGGCCGGCCGGUCCCAAGAGGAGCGGCAUGAAGACCCUCUUUAAGAAGUGA